ACAUCGUGGGAGCGAAGGUCAAGUGUAGUGCUUAACCCCCCUGGAGGUAUUCCCGAGUGUAGCUCGGGAUAAAGUUUCAGUACCACAAGCAGUAACCCCGAGCUACACUCCGGCUUACCAUGCGGCGCUGCUCUGCGAUCCCUCGAUCACUUACCUUGUCCUGCACUCCCGCGAUGUCCCUCCUGCAGUGUCCCCGGCAAUGUAAUCCAGCGGAUGCCGGCAUCUGUCUUCUGGGUUCCGUCCCCUGCGAGCGUCAAGACGUACGGGGGACGGAACGGCAGGAAAAUUUUAAAAUGACAAAAAGU